AUGGAACUGAUGGGCGACAUCAGAGAGCAUCACUCUCAUGAAGCAUCUACCUCAGGUCACGACCUACUUCGGCGAACAUUCUGGGAGGGAAUAACCGAGAAAUGCACAGUGAUUGCAACAUACAAACAACUCGUCGUCGGGGCCGCAUUCCUAAGCUCACCACAGGAGACGUACAUACCUACCUCGCCGUGCGCGCAGGCGACGACGACUGCUAGGACGAUGCUCUAUCACCUCAUUACAUUAAAUCCAAACAGAGAUAUCACAUUACACGUCUCCAUCAACAACCCAGCCAUGCUCCUCUACAACAGGUUUGGAUUCAAGGCAGAAGAGUUCAUCGUUGGCUUCUACGAGGACUACCUCGACCCGCAAUCGCGCGCGUCGAAGAACGCCUUCCGCCUGCGACUGCGUAGAUAA